UGACAGAUCUGCACCCAACUGGAAACCACCCAUCCUCCCCCUGCUUGUUUGUGCCUCUUCUGCACUCUUGUCUGUGAUAUUGGCUGAGGCUGGUCUUGGGAAGGAAGCUGGUUGACUGCUGGACUGGUGAUUGACUCUAACUCUUAUUUCCGACUCUAUCACCUGAAUCACCGAAAGGUCAGAGUGUGAAGAUACACAAUUGUGACAGAUCUGUGACAGGUGGAGGUGGGGACUGUGGUACUGGUAUUUAACUGCGUCUUCUCUGUAACUGGUACUAUGAGUGGGGCUGAGAUCGAGCCUGGUGCCCAGGCCAAGCCUGAAAAGAAGGCUGGAGAAGAAGUUGGGGGUGGGUCUGAGAGAGAGAAUGAAGUCCCGAUGGUGGUCAGAUCCAAGGUUAGGACCCAGGCCCAGGUAAUGCCUGGGGCAAGGCCCAAAACUGCAUCCAAAGCUGUGAAUGGGGCAAGGCCCAAAACUGUGUCCAAGGGUAUGAAUGGGGUAAGGCCCAAAACUGAGUCCAAGGCCAUGAAUGGGGCAAGGCCCAAAGCAGAGUCCCAGGUGAUGGCUGGGUCAGGGCCCCAAACUGAUUCCCAAGCAAUGGCCGGGGCAAGGCCCAGAACUGAAAUCCAGAGAAUAUCUGGGGCAAGGCCCAAAACUGAGGCCAAGGCACUAGGUAGGGCAUGUCCUAAAACUGAAGCCAAGGCAAUCCCUGGGGAAAGGCCCAAGGAUGAAGCCCAGGAUUGGGCCCAGACUGAGUUUGGGGCUGAGGCAAUGUCCGAAACAGAGGGCCUGACCCAGACCAAUGCAGUAGCCUGGCCACUGGUCAGUGCUGAGUGUGGGUCAGAUGCUAAACCUAUGGCCCUGUCUGUAGAUAGGGAACCGAUCAGGGUGGACGCUAAGACCUUUCCUGGCUCCCAGGGAAUCCAACCCUGGUUUGGAUCAGGGGAGGAAAUGAAUACCGGGUCUUGGUGCUAUCCCACGCCAAGGGCCAGAGCAGAGGGCUCUAAUGAAUCUGGACUCUGGUCAGCAGAUGAGACCUCUACAGUGUCUUCUUUCUGGGCUGGAGAAGAGGCCAAUAUCAGAUCCUGGCCCAGGGAAGAGGCCAAUGCCAGGUCCAGGCACAGGGUCAAACAUCAGCCUAACCCCAGGUCUAGGCCCAGAUCCAAGAAAGAUCCCUAUAUUGAUUCCAGGUCUACAUCUGAGGAGGAGUCUGGCAACCCAUUAUGCUUGUGGGCUGGAGAAAAUACCAAUCCCUUAUUCAGGCCCAGAGUCAGAGAGGAGGCAAAUGUUAGGUCCAAGCUCAGGACAAAGACAGAGGAGGUUUCUGAACCCGAGUCUGAAGAUGAGUACUUUAAGGAGUCCUGGUUUGUGCCUGGAGAAGAGGCCAAUAGUAGAUUCAGGCCCAGAGACAAGGAAGAGCCUAAUACUGUCCUGAAGUCUAGGGCCCAGAAAGAUGUUGAUAACAGUGAUAGGGACAAACAGGAGCCCAGGUUUGAGGAGGAAGUCAUUAUUGGGUCCUGGUUCUGGGAAGAGAAAGAGGCCGGUAUGGAGGCUGGGGCUUCGGCCAUCCUUGAGUCCAUGCCAGGGGCUGAGGAGGGGGCCAUUGGUGGAUUCUCAUUCGGAACUGAGGAAAAAUUCAGUUUGGGGGCUGUGGCCAGAGAAGAGACCAGGCCAGAGUCUGAAGAGGAGGACAUAUUUGGGUCCUGCUUCUGGGACAGGGAUGAGGCCUGCUUUGACCUAAAUCCCAAUCCGGUGUACAAGGCUACUCCCAGGUUCAGCAAUUCAGCUGAGGAAAUUAAUACAUCACGCAGGCCCCAAACUUGGGAAGAGGUCACUGUUGAAUUCAAACCUGGUCCUUCUUAUCUGGUUGGUUUCCCCUCCCCAAGCCCCUUCAGAUUCUCAAAAGAAGCAGCAGCAGCUGCAUUCGCCAAAUUGUUUGAGGGAAAGCCCCAGAAUGCGGAUCUCACCCCAGAAGGGGAAGAGCAGGAAUCGGGGCUUCAGCCCCAUCAGCCUGACCCUGAGUUCCCAUUUCAGUGUGAGCCGUCCUACAGGUCAGUCAGGGAAAUUCGGGAGCACCUUAGGACCAGGGAGAGUGCAGAGCCUGAGAGUUGGUCCUGCAGCUGCAUCCAGUGUGAACUUAAAAUUGGUUCUGGAGAGUUUGAAGAACUCCUUCUGUUAAUGGACAAAAUCCGAGAUCCCUUUAUUCAGGAAAUAUCUAAAAUCGCAAUGGGUACGAGAAGCGCUUCUCAAUUUACCCGAGAUUUCAUUCAGGAUUCGGGUGUUGUCUCACUUAUUGAAACCUUGCUCAAUUAUCCCUCCUCCCGAGUUAGGACACAGUUUUUGGAAAAUGUGAUUCUCACGUCUCCACCAUAUCCUAAUCUUAACAUGAUUGAGACAUUCAUAUGUCAAGUGUGUGAGGAAACCCUUGCACAGACUGUGAAUUGCCCCGAGCAGCUGCUUGGAUUAAGGCUGCUUAGAUACCUCACUACACCUACUGACUAUCACACACUGGUUGCCAAUUUUAUGUCUGGGUUUCUCUCCCUGAUAGUCACAGGAAAUGCAACAACAAAGUUUCAUGUUCUGAAAAUGCUGUUGAAUUUGUCUGAAAAUGCUAUGGUGAUCAAAAACCUAUGCAAUGCCAAAGCUCUAUCGAUAUUUUGGGGCCUCUUUAACAUAGAAGAAUCAAACGAUAAUAUUCAAAUUGUUAUUAAAAUGUUUCGGAAUAUCAGUAAUAUUAUAAGAAAUGGUACAAUGGCCUCAAUUGAUGAUGAUUUCAGUCUUGAGCCACUUAUUGCUGCAUUCUAUGAAUUUGAGGACUUAGCCAAGGAACUGCAAACGCAGAUAGACAAUCAACAUGAUCCUGAUCCUGAC